GGGUCCUGUGGCUUUUCUAUGGCUGCUGUCACAGCUGCUCUCUUCCAGGUGUGCGUCAUGUAUGAGACGGUCCCAUGCCGAGCGCUGGGGAUGGUGGUGAGGUACGUGGACGGCCGUGUCAUUGUCACUGAGGUGCUUCCUGGGAGCCAGGCAGAGGUGGAUGAGGUGGUGCUGGCUGGGGACGUCCUAGAUGAGAUCAAUGGAUGCUCCCUGAGGAACGCCUACAGCGGGCAGGCUGGGGCGAUGCUGCAGAAGCUGAAGGGACAACCACUGAGCCUCCGUGUGCUGCGGUGGCAGGGGCACGAUGGUGAGGUCUAUGAGCCCUUGCUGCCCUACCUGGAGGCUGUGAAGGAGAAGGAGCCCCGUUUCCAGCUCCAGUGUGGCCCCAGGCGCUGUGACAAGGGACAGAAGUGGAGGGUGCAGGGGGACAGGCUGCUCUACAACCUGCAGUACCUGGGCCGGAUCGGUGUUGGGAUGUUUGGAGGCAAAGAGGUGCUGCAGAAAGCCAUUCCUGCUGUGCUGGAGAACGGCUCAGCACCACGGGAGGUUUUAUUUGACGUGAAGGAAACAGAAAUCAUUGUACGAGAGAAGGCAUCUCCCAAGUGCUUCCCCAGGGAGCCCCAAAGGGAGCAUGUUUGACUGCCUGGCGUUCGCAUCGAGUUCUGAGGAAGAAUGCCAGGAAAUCAUCCAGAGAAUUGGUGAGGGAACGUUUUAUUUCUUCAGAUAUAAUUACAGUAAAAUGUGGAGUACCAAGAAUUGCCAUUCCAUUCCGCCACAUGCAAGAGCUAACUUAAUUUUUGUUGAGAUCACUAAGAUGAGUAGAUGCUGUGAUAGUUUGGGGUUGGUUUUCUCUCUUUUUUUUCUUUAAUGCAGCUAGACCAUUAUUUUCAGAGACAGCUUCUAAGCAUUCCCAGACAUUUCAUUGUUUUCCACUUGGAGAAAACUUUUGUUUUCAAGGGAUGUUCUCCUCCAGGAGCUCAGCCCACUGCUGCAAUCCAACACCAGCCCAAGCAUCAGUAAAUCUUACCACUUACAGUUUCUAUUUUUGUCUUGCCUAAAUGCAAGCUAUGCUGCUCCUUGGUUUGGGUGCCCCUCAGGGCUCUUGUGGGAUGUCCUUGCCACGUGUCCCCCCAGCAGGCUGUGCUGUCAGGACAUGCAGCUUCACCGUCCAUCCCUGCCUUUCAGGUGGCUGAGCAGCGCUCGUGGAUUUCAGGCAGCCAGCUUGAGGUGCUGAUGGCCACAGCCCAGCCCUGCUCAGUGCUGUGAAACAAUUAACAUCGCCUUUUAGAUGCAGUGAAGCUUGGCAGUGAGGAAAAUAGCUGUUUAAAACCUCAAGUCAUUUGAAAACAUUUUUAGCAGGUGAUAAACGUGUUGAGCAGUGCCUGUGCUUGGAGCAGAGAAGGAAGGGGUGCUGAGGAUGUUGUGUAAGAGCCCGUGGUAAUGAGCAUUUGUUUCUCCAGCUGCAGGAUUUAAACACACCGAGUGGUUUGUCUGAUAAGGGAUGGCUGUGGCUCAGCUCUCCUCAGGCUCUGGUGACCCAGCUGUGCAAGAUGCAAGCUCUGGCUCCUCAAACUGGAGCUAGAAAGGUAUUCUUGUAUUUGCAGGACGUUCUGUGAAAGGAAGUGCAGCAAAAGCAUCUGGUCUUUAAAAAAAAAAAAAAAAAAUUGCAGGGAUAGGCCAGAGCUGGCUUACUGUGUGCCUUCAUAUAUGAACUACUGCUUUUCUUCUUCCUAAAAUGGCCCCCUUGUCUGGAUUUUUCAGUGAAAUAAAUCAAACUGGACUAGCUUAUAUUACUGCCUGUGCAACUUCUGUCUCAACUUCAGCCCUACUAGCACAGCCUGUUCUUAAGAACUGGCCUAACACUGUAAUUUGCAUGUUAAUUACCUGUUCCAGAUGUAGUUUGAGCAGCUUUACUGUGCCACAACUACGGCUGUUCCCAGAGACUACUGAGAAAACCAGAACUGUCAGCAGAUAGCCUGCAGGGUUAUCCUCAAGUGCAGGUUUACGUCUAAUCCUGUUUCAUCAAAAAAGCUUAGAUGGGGGAAAUGAGAAUCUAGCAAUUUGCUUAGCAGCCUGUAUGCUCUCUGGUUAUAUAAUGAGUGUUUCUGCUUGCUCUGGCAUGGUUGUUGUCUUGCCCUUAGUCACAGGGUGAGAUCCCACAGGAAGCUGGGAGAGGCAGAGGGCUGCGCUCCCACAGCCUGCAUCCACUCCCAGCCUGACCUGGGCAGAUGCUGCUGGAUUCACUUUAAACAAGCCAGUCCCACCACUGCAAAAAAAAUAAAGCUUCCCUUAAAUGUGGAAGGAAGAGGGAAGGGGGAAAAAAAGCAGAAGUUAGUUCUGAAGCUGGGCCCAGACUGCUGCCACUGAUAAGCAGCUAAGCUUUAAACAAGAGAGCCCCCUAAGGAGGGAAGUAAGUUGCUUCCUAGCCUGUCAGACUGCUCCUCCUGGCUGAGCAGGAGAUGACUCAGGCCUCCUAAAAACAUCAAGGGGAGCCAGGGUGAGGCACUGCUUCAUUGGCAGAAAGCUAAGCUGCCACAGCAGCAGUCCCAUAUUACAAGCAUCUACAGCUAACAUACUGGAGCCAGGAAUAAGCUUCUCCAAGCCCAUACAAACCAAAUGACAAAGACUCCUCGCAUGUGAAUGUAAAACAUUUAAUUUAAAAAUGUUGACACUACAAUAUAUAAAAUAGCUAUUAUAAAUGCACAUAGUGUAUUCUAUAGCUGCCAGGUUUACGUUUUUAGGAAACUGUAAGUUACACUGUGGUUAAGAGUUGUAGUUUCACCCUCUGAAAAAGUCCACAUUUGAUCACAGUGAUGUAUGGUCAGACUAACAGCCCCAAUUGUUAAACACUUGGAUCAAGUCAUAACCAGUUUUAUUGCAAAAGGACCCUGUACACAUUUAUAUCAAUUCUAGUACCUUACAAGUUUAGCUACCCAACAAGUCAUUAACAUA